AUAUAUUUUGUCUGUGGUUAUCGUGUUCUCCGUUCACAAUAAUUUAUAAUUAUAUUUUCUUUCAUCUCGAAAAAUAGUGUCAAAUAGUUUUCACGGAUCUUUAUCCUAAAUAAUAGAAAUCUUCCUAUAGUUUUCAAUCCGGCUGCAAACAAUAAUAAACAAACUAACGGAUCAGAGUUCAGCUAUCCGAAAUUCGAAUGUAAAUAAGUGACGACCUUGCGUAAACUACGUAUGUGUAUAUUUUGGUGGACUGGAUAAACAGUAAAAUUUCAGUGAAAUAACAAUAGAAAGUGAUUAAAUCUGAUAAAUUAAUGUCGUUUUUUACUUGAAUUCAUAUGAGUUACAUGGAAAACGUAAGAAAUUAAACUUUGGACGAUAUUAUGUAUACGUUUGCGUGGGGUAAAGACCACCUGAGAAUCAGGCUAGCUACUCUGGAACUAUGUUCGCCACCACAGGCAUGGUAGCGGCACCACAGCAAGCGACUGGCCAGGUCGCGCAGAAUGGGAGCACCACACUCCCUAGGUCCCAUCACCAGAGAACAGGAAGGCCACCCGCAGCUCCUAAAUCAUACGACUACCUUUUAAAAGUAUUACUGGUGGGUGACUCUGACGUGGGCAAGCAGGAGAUUUUGCAGGAUCUAGAGGAUGGUUCUGCUGACUCCCCAUUCUGUAGCGGCAGUGCUUACAAAACUACGACAAUUCUCUUGGACGGUAAAAGAGUUAAGCUACAACUUUGGGAUGCAUCCGGCCAAGGCAGAUUUUGCACAAUCAUUCGCUCAUAUUCAAGAGGGGCGCAGGGAAUACUGCUUGUGUAUGACAUUACAAAUAAAUGGUCUUUUGACAGUAUCGACAGGUGGCUGGAAGAGGUAGAGAAGCAUACACCAGGAGUGCCAAAGGUUUUAGUUGGCAACCGGUUGCACCUAGCGUUCAAACGACAAGUACAGGAGAGAGACGCUGAACUGUACGCUGCAAAGAACCACAUGGCAUUCUUUGAAGUUAGCCCUCUGUGUGACUUCAAUAUACGCGAGAGCUUCUGUGAAUUGUCUCGAAUGGCUCUGCACAGGAACGGCAUGGAAAGGCUGUGGAGAAGUAACAAAGUUCUCAGCCUGCAAGAGCUGUGCUGUCGCGCGAUAGUGGCGCGCACGUCCGUGUACGGGCUGGAGCGGCUGCCUUUGCCCACCACGCUCAAGUCGCACCUCAAGUCGUACGCCAUCUCCGCCGCGCCCAGCCGCCACCGCGCGCGCGCCACCAAGCACCCGCACCACACGCGGCUCAACUGCACCGGACGGAACUCCUGCAAUAUCGUAUAAACUACCCUUUUUUUAUUAUUUUUUUUUUUACAGCGUGAUUUCAAUGUUUGGAACUUCAUUUGUUAUCUACGGUCACGGCAGUGUUGCCAACGUUUAAAAAAGCAUGAUUUUUUUUUUAUUUAUUAUAUUUACAGUGUGAUUUAUAGAGAUUCAUCUAAUAUCUAUGGUCACGGCAGUGUUGCCAACGUUUAAAAAAGCAUGAUUUUUUUUUAUUUAUUAUAUUAACAGUGUGAUUUAUAGAGAUUCAUCUACUAUCUAUGAUCACGAAAGUGUUGCCAACAUAUUGAAAAUAUGUAUUUUUUUUAUUUUUUUUUCAAAAAUAGCGUCGCCGAUAACGUUGCCAGCAGUCAACACUAAAAAACAAUGUGUAUAAUGGCUGGAGCAUGCCAACAUAAAUUUAGCAACACUAACAAAACAAUCUUACAGGUUUCCCUUUUUCAUAGUAGACUCGUAGAUUAGUUUGAUUUAUGAAAACCUCAAACCACACAUUUUGAAAAAUAACGUCGCCGUCACUCUAAAAAGCAAUGUGUAUAAUGGUUGGAGCAUGCCAACAUAAAUUUAGCAACACUAACAAAACAAUAUUAUUGGUUUCGAUUUUUCAUAGUAGAACCGUAAUCAGUUUGAUUAUGGUUCCCUCAAACCACCCAAAUGUACAGAAGUAUUGCAAGUAUUCAUUAUUCCAAUGACCAUAGAUAUAAUUUUUUGACAGACAUCUUAUAGAAAUUUAUUCUAGUUCUCAUGUAUGUCUCUGAUAAAAUAUUCAAUUGAGGAUAUUUCUAUCACUUUAAAACACUAACAUAUCGCAUGCAAUAAAUUGAUCCAACAUUAAAUUAGUUUUCUGCUACACAAAGAUACUUACAGACUGCCAUUGUAAUAAUAAACACUGCAUGCUGAUCAAUUAGUCAGAAUACUUAUAGAAGCAAUACAAUAUAUAGCGAUUUCCAUAUUGAAUCCUAAACACUUUACACAGGCUGUAACUGACAACGGAUUUGUGAUUAGAUUAAGUUUAGAAUAUAAGGAUAUUUGUUACUUAAACAUAAUAUGUAUUGUGAAUUUUGUGAAUAUAAGUGUUAUUUAAUUAUAACAAUAAUAUGUGAAUAUUUUGUAGCACGGCAACUAAGUAUUUGUCCUUUUAUUAAUAUAGAUAAUUAUAAAUAAAUUAUAUUGUCGCGUCGAGCUCUCAGUUUGCUCUGAACUGAACAUAAUAAGACACAUCAUUGGUCUCAACGUUCCUCUUAGCUCAAACCCUUAACCAUGGAUUAAGGUUUAAACAACAAUUUUCUUCAUAGUAAAGAGGACCUAAUCACUAAUGUUUAAAGUUCACUUUACUUUGAAGAAAUUUGAGGUUUAAAUCAUUACCCAAGUUUAAAAAUAAGGCCAUCAGAAUUGACAAGCUAGUCUCAAUGAAAUCCUACAGGGACGUUGCUGUGGUCAAUUAAUAAUUAUGAAAAUGUUUAUUAAAUUGAUACUCCACGUAUUAGGCCGGCCGCAUACACUUGUUUUCUGUAUUCGUUUUCCUAGUGCGUAAUUUUGAUUUGGUAUUCCGCGAGACUACCGCUCUUCUUUCGAAAUGUCGCAAGGUCUCGCAUUCGUUUCGUACGCGCGGAAUUUGUUCCGAUCGGAAAAAAACGUACGUGUGCGUCAUUUAAUGUAUUUUAUAUUUAUUUUACGCAUUAUGUUUUCCGAGCAUGGAAAACGAAUGAAUGCGGCCGGAUUGUAUGCAUUAUUAUUUCCGAGCACGGAAAACGGAUUCGGUAAACGAGUGAAUGCGGGAGGUCUUAAUAAAUAAACUGGACAUAUUUGGACACUAAUCCUGGCUGAAGGAAAGUCAGUCUUUUAUAGACGAUAUCAGCUGCGCACUAUAAUAUUGAGUAAUAAUAUUGCGUAUUGAAUCUAUACUAAUAAUAUAAAAAGGAAAGAUAUGAUUUUUUUGUUUGUUGGCAUUGCAUACUGCGCGGACGAAACCGCGGCGUUCUGCUAGUGUAGUAUAAAACUACUUUCGUGCUUCAUGUUCAGAGCGAACAAGUUAAAGUCCGGCCGCUCAGAGAUUGCGUUUCUGACAGGUCGUGAUCGAAUGGGCUGUGUAAAAUGAGAGAGGGACAAAAAAAGAGGCAAUUGUAAUUGAAUGUUUGUCCCAUUCGCACAACCUGUCAGUAACGAAAUCUCUGAGCGGCCGGACUUUAGCGCGGACUACACAAGCAGCUGGGUAGUAACUGUGAACCAGACUUGUGAACUUAAGACGCUCGUUUAUCAAACUGAGGACGGCAUUCAAAUGGUUCACAGAUACAUUAUAGUGUAUUUAGACAUAUCAGGUGUAAAGUGUAUCUCAAGUUUACGAGAAAAUCUAUUCUUUAGGAGUAGAGUGCGGGCACGAUGAGUUUGCGCGUGGCCAAAAUCGGAACUAAUCAAAAGUUCCGCCAUCUUGUCGUCUAUCUCAGUCUAUCUCUUGGCGGGUAAAAGAGAUCACUAAAACUGGCAACCUAAUUGCAGACUUAUCUUGCGCGCACUCUAAAUACAUAAAACCGUCAUAAUAAUAUAUAACGUUGAAGCGGAAUUUUGACCUUGGACAUAUUUUCAACCCCUUCCUAGAUAUGUCUGGAUAAACUAAUAACUUUUAAUAUACCUAUGUCAUAGGACUAGCUAGUUGUAACGUAUACUGGUGAUACAAUAUUAUGUACUAACUACUAACAUAAUGACCUUCCAAUUCGAGGAUUUAUAUUUUUCACAGGAUAUAACAAAUACUGUCUUUAGUAUUUCCAAAACAUAUCUUACUGAUAGAAACAUGACUAGUAAAACACCUGAGAAAGAUUAGAUACUUAAUAAGUACCUAUACCUACUUCCAUCGUUUUAAAAACUCCAGAAAUAGUAUUCAAGAUUUUUCAAAAUUUACGUAUAAAAUUGUCUAUAUAACAUCUCCAUCUCAAACGUAGUUUCGAAAUAAUAUUAAGUAGAAAUCUAUAAAAAUAUGUAAUUCCAUCCCUCAAUAUCGGAUGCCUCAAGAUUCUCGGUCACAAUUUAGACGGAUUUCAACCUAGCGAAGAGCAGCACACCUUUUAUUAUCAAAGUAUAAGAAGUUGAAAAUUAGAGUAACUAAUCCCCGAAAGUAUGAGAGGUAGUUAUUUUCGACAAUUUCAAGCUAUGCCAAUAAAUAGUCAGUAACAAAUGCCGCCACGCUGCGUUUCGCUAGAUAUACGCAAGCUUGUACCCACGUGUUGAGCAAAUGACUAAACUACAGCGAAAAACGUCUUUUCGCCUUUCGUAGAUAAUUUUCGCAACACGUAUUCACCCCAAAGAGGAAUUAUUUGCCUUUAUAUGUAUCAUACAUCUUUUUUUUUUUUACAUUUCACUUUUCAGUUUACCUUCGAAUUGAAGUGAACUUAAAUAAGUACAAUUUUAUUAAUUAAGGUACUUGGAGGUCUUGAAAAUAUUUAUAUUGUCCAUUAAAAAUAAGCAUAGUUUCGAUGUAAGUUUUCACAAAUAUUUUGUUUAAAAUAUACAAAGUAACUGUUUCUUAAUUAAAUAAAAUUUGAAUGCCGAAUGCCAAAUUCUAAUAUCGCGGAAUUCAAAUUGGGUAUUUUCUGAUCAUUUUUCGAAUUAGCACAAUAGUUGAAUCGUUUAGAUCGCUGUGUGACCAUGACUUUAUUUUUUAAUUUAUAUAAUUGUAUCUAACUACGGUUGUGUAUGCGUUUCAUCAUAAUAUGACGAUACAUCAUUUAUUUUUUGCAUUUAACAUUUCAUAUAACAUAGCAUCUACAUUACAUAAUUUUAAUGAAUUUAAAUAAUAACUCUUAAACAUGCCCAUAUAAAGAAUGUUAAUUGUAACAAAGUGUCUUAGAAAUAAAUUUAAAUGGCAUGGCAGACUGAUUAAUUUAUACAUUGUGGUGCCAGGAUGUCAGGAAAUAUUAGCGAAAAGUCCCGUUUUUCUAGAAGAGAAAAGUUCACACUUGAUUGGAACGUAUUCCAGUUUUACAAUUUAAUCUAUGCUUUAUACGAUAUUUUACUACCUAAAAAUAUUUUGUCAACAAAAAUCCCGAUUUGAAAACAAUGAUUUAGAAAACAACCGGAACCAGAAAGAUUUUUUUACCUGGCAACACUAAGAACACGUCAUAGACAAGGGCCUCAUAUAUAAUUUUAUAACGUUUAUUAACCGUCUAGCGGCAUCUGCUCAUGUUUGUAUAAAAUGUUUAGCAAUGGAUUGUAAAUAGGAAGUUGAACAACUGUGUCAUUCAAUGCAUGUUUGGUCCAAUCCGUCCCUAGAAGGUAACUGAGUCAUUUAUGCGUAAUUCAAUAUUGUAUUAGCCUUCAAUAAACCCUAACGCAGCUGUUCCACGUUUACUUGAUACACUUCGUGCAUGCCACGUGACUCAAUGCACUAUUCUGACAUACUUUGCUCUUGACUGUUUGUUAUUUUAAAGACUUGCGUAUAGUACGAGAUCCGGCAUAAGUAUUAUAGCCCUCAUCUGUUAUUUAAUUGGGAUAAGAAAUAAAUGAUAGAUAAUGUUCACAGUGACACAUUGCACAUUGCACAUAGGUUGUAGUUAAAUUGCCUAGAUGAUUAUUUUUUGUUAAUUUAUUUUAUCUCCUUCCCUCAUUGAAUAAUUAAAAAAAAACGUAUACUAGUUAAUCGAAUAUACCCAAAAGAUGUGAAUGAGUAAAGAUUGUCUGCUUAAACACUACAACUGUGGAGUUGAUAUAAACAGUAAAUUAAGUACUGUUAUUUAUAUUUCAUUUCGUCGUCUAAUAUGUCAAAUGAAAGCUCAUUAUAUGCUUAAUUUAAAAAUAUUCGAUUGCCUUUGAUAUAGUUCAUGGUUUCCUAGGUUUUGUGUGAAAAUUGCGUUUGCUUUUGAAACUAGGCAAAAUAUUUGCAACGUGUCACUGUGAACCUUUUCUAUCAUUUACUUCAUAGCACUUAUGAAUAACAGAUGAGGGUAUACAUUUCUAAUACCGGAUCUUAGACCAGUAGUAGUUACAUACAUACAAUUCUGCUUAUAUGGCGCAUGUUAUCUUUUCGAUGUCAUAACAUUCUGUACUUCUCAGAAAUCAAUCAUAAUUUUGCAUGUCCAUUCUCGAAUAUCUUCACGAAAUUGGUCGACGAAAUUUAUUUGAACGAUACGUUAACACGGUAUUUAUAAUACGAACAUUAGUUACUGUAGCGUUUUGUCUUUUUAAUCGACUACGGUAAAGCAAAAAUCAAGGUUUAUUCUAGCAGAUGUAUGUAUGUUUGUGUUUACGUAAGUUCCUCCGUAGCACCUAAAUUAUUUAUCCGAUUUUGAUGAACAAUGUAUGAAUCAUUUCGAUUAUUAUUGGACUUCAAUAACAGGAGGUAGUCGAUUUAACUUGUAAAUGUAUUUCAAUCGACUUUUUUCCGUAGUCGGUAUUUUUAACUUUAUAUCAUUUAUUUUAUUGUCAAUUAUCAAAUAAAAUAAAUUAAUUUUCCAAAUAAUAAUUACACAAAACUGUAUUACACUCAAAAUAGACUAAUUUCUAUAACAUUCGAUUAAUAAUUUUAAUAAAAUAUUUUUCUUAAUAAAUGACUAUAGAUAGGACUGUAGGAUUAGUUCAGAAUUACACCUAACAAUAUGUACUUCUAUAGAACAAAAUUCAUGUAUAUGAACGCAAAAUUAAAUAUUUUGCUAUUAUAAUAUUUUAGUGUUGGCAUUCUAUAGAAAGUCCUACUAUAUAAAAAAAAAUGUAAAUACAAAAUAACCUAACGUAUGUUUCUUUUCGUAUUUUAUGAAUUUGAAAAAUGAACCGAAGCUUAUCUUUUGUACAUACUCUUUCAUUUAUGUAUAGUUAAAAUCAUUUAUUUGUGAUUGAUAUUUAGUACUUUAUUAUAUAAUCCAAAUAUACUAAUACCAACUAAAAGUUGGGUAAAUACAGUCAUUAUUGUCACUACUAAUGUAAGUUGUGAAAUAAAACUAAUUUAAUAUUAAAA